AUGGCCUCAGUUGUUGCUGGCCAAUCUGCUCGGGUUGGCCUUUUCAGACUGGGCAACCGCUUUCUGCGGACCAGCAUGUCGACCAGACGCAGUCUCUCGUCCUACCUGGUCACUCCCAAGGAGCUUCACGAGGCCCUGAAGAAGAACCCUCCGUCUCCGAUCAGUCCCGAUCCCCGAGUGAUUCCCCUGUGCGCCGCGUGGUUUCUUCCCAACGAUGAGAGAACCGGUAUCCAGGUCUUCCGCGAGCAGCGCAUCCCAAAGGCUCGCUUCUUUGACCUGGACAAGGCCAUCGACAAGCGCAGCCCAUACCCCCACAUGCUACCGGAUGCCAAAGGCUUCGCAGCCGCUAUGAGCGAAUUGGGUAUCCGACGAGAGGAUGUUGUCGUCGUCUACGAUACAAAGGAGCUCGGAAUCUUUAGUGCUCCUCGCGUGGCAUGGACGUUCAGGGCGUUUGGCCACCCCAAGGUGCACAUCUUGAACAACUUCAAGCAGUGGGUUGCCGAGGGGCUGCCCACCGAGUCCGGAGAGCUAUACAACGUCGAGUGCAACCCGUAUCCCAUCCCGGAGCUUGCAUCGGAGAGAGUUGCUAGCUUUGAGGAGGUCAGAGAAGUGGUCCUGGACUCCAACAAGGAGGGAGCAGAAGGUAUCCAGAUCUUGGACGCGAGACCCGGUGGCCGGUUUACGGGCAAGGACCCAGAGCCACGCGAGGGUCUCUCCUCUGGUCACAUGCCAGGAUCAAUCAGCGUUCCAUUCAGCGCCCUCCUUGAUCCCGAAACAAAGGCUUUCCUCCCCGCGGAUAAGCUGAAACAGUUGUUUGAGGAGAAGGGGAUCGACCCCAACAAGCCCAUCAUCUCAACCUGCGGAACCGGCGUUACAGCCUGUGCCAUCGAUACUGCUCUGGAAGCAGCAGGGUACCCCAACGCCAGAAGGGUUUAUGAUGGUAGUUGGACGGAAUGGGCUCAGCGAGUUCAGCCAUCGGAGAAUUUGAUCGUCAAGUCGGAGUAG